AUGCCAAUAUAUUCCGAUAAUUGUACGGGGUCCUUUAAAUGUAUUUAUUGCAAGGACGUGGUCGGCAAUAAAGUGUUAAAAGCACGGGCGAAACCGCCCGGCAAAAAGCGGGAAGCGUUAAAUGCACGGGCGAAACCGCCCGGCAAAAAAGGAAAAAAAGGGCGCUGUUUAAUAAAAAAAAUACCGCAUCCGGCCCGAAUAAGCCCGGAUAAUUAUCGAAAGGGAUCGAAUAAAUUUAAAAAGGGCAUUUGCGACCUCGCACCGCUUAUAAUAACGCCCAACGCUACGUUAAGCACGUCGGAAAAGGCCGUUGGGCCACCGGAAUAA